GGCGCAGCUGCCAAGGUUUCCUUGAGUGUAUAUAAAGAGGAAAGUCUGUGGAGCUACGAAAGACAUACCAGGAAAUGGCGAUAUAUGGAAAAAACAACUGUUAUAACAACAGGAAGAGACAAGACCAGAAUACUUCAUGGAAACCAUUGAUCAUUGGUUGCGUAAUUCCUAUAGUGGUGAUGACCAUCGUGGCGAUUCAGUGCAUAUCAAAUGAUUUGCAUUUGGAGAUUAAAGACUUGGCAAAAAGGACAAGGAGAGAAGAAAUAAUGUCACAGGAGGAGAACAUAUCGGAUUUAAAAUGGGAUUCUAUGGAUUCUGUGGUUGAAUCAGAGGUUAAAGGUGAAUUAUGUGUAGGAAGCGAGAAGGGUCCAGUAUUAACAUGUUGUGUAAAAGUACAAUUUAGUAAAGGAGAUGAAUUAAAUGUUAAUGUAACAGUUGGACCUAGAGGAAAAUAUCAAUGGAUGAAAGGGUUUUAUAUGCAUAAUAAUGAAUACAGGGCUAUGGAAUGCAACAUUGAGGAAAAGGUUUUCUGGACCAUGUUUAUAAAAGGUCACCAACCCAUUAAAGUAAACAGUAGUCCAGAAAUAGGUGAAACCCCUUUAACAAAACAAGGAAGUUUACAACCUCUGAAUAUUUAUGAUGUACGAUCUUGGAUAAAAUAUGUUGAACCUGAGAAAAUACAAGAAAAUAAUAUUUCUAGUGAUGAUAUUAGUAACAGAGAAUGGCAGAUUCAAAUUAGUAGAGAAUUUGCAUCAGUAAAAUUAGGAUUAAUAUUUACUGAAGUUGAGAUUGUGUUUCCAAAUGUGAAUGUAUGGCCAAAAAAAAUAAAUGUACAAGAAGGCCAUAACAUACGAUUAAGUUGUAAUGUGCAAUUACAGUUACCUUAUGGAUCCACAAUGUCAUGGUCAAAAGGUAAUGAUUUUCGGGGUAGUGUAUCCUAUGGUUUGCAGGUUGUUAUACAUAAAGGCAUAGUUGGGAAAGUGGAAUGGUCUAAACAAAAUUUCACUUAUAGUCUAACAAAUUUGAAAGUAUCAGAUCAAGGGGAAUAUCAAUGUUGCAUAAACAUAGUAAAUCAGGAAAGAUGUAGCCAAGUCAAGAUUGUGGUCAAUCCUCACCCUGCGAAUAUAACUUGUGUAAAUAAGUCAUUUAUUCCAUCAAGUCCAUUUCAGAUAAAUUAUUUCCAUUCUAAACCUUUGUUAAUGAAUGGACAGUUUAUGACCAUAAUGUGGCAUUUUAAUUUAUCUAAUUGGAAAAUUUCAUCGAGAUUUCCACAGUGUAGAAAAUAUCUUAUAAAUAUGGAACAAGGUAUGGAGAAUUGGUUUGGUAAAAUGAGUAAAAAUAUAACCAGAUCAAAGAGAGAUUUAAUAGAAAAGGUACUUGGAGGUAUAGGUACUUUGGGUACUAUAACCAAUAGUAUGGGAAUAAGUUCCCUACAGAAGAAUUUAGAAAAUGUUGGAUUGUUGGACAGCAAAGCAAUGUAUGUUCAAAGAGGAUUGAAUCAGAUUCUAAAUAAUAUGAUUGUGAAAACAGCUUCUGUUUUCGGCCCUUCUGUAUUACACCUCCAAGACAUAACAAUAGGUCUAUUGAAUAGUGAGAACGCUGCACAAGUUUCAAGAAUUUGUAUGGAAAUCCAAAUGGAAUAUUCGACUGAUUUUAAAGUUAUUGCACAAGCUUUGCAGGGUGGAAUUUCUCCUUUAGGCAUUAGGAAUAGUUUACCCAAAGAAUAUAAAAUAGCCUUAAAUCAUGUAGAUUUAUGGGUGAAUAAAUGGAUUGGGUGUAAAAAUUCUGAAUGCCUAGGAACAUCAUUAAUACCCAUAGCAGGGGAAGAAGUACCAUUAUACUCCAUGAGUGUUUUAGGAAUUCCUAUAAGCCAGUCCCAAUUAUUAUAUUAUAAUCUACAGUUUAAUGAUUUUAUUGUAAAUUCAACAGCUGAAAACCCGGUUCAGGUGGAUUUGUCUGCAUGUUUACGGUUUAAUUCAAAGGUAUUAUGUUUACCUCACCAGUUAAGACCAAUUUAUCAUUCAUGUUUUCAUAAUCAUUCUACUUGUACUGCAAGAAUUGAAGAUAUGAAAUGUCCUUUUGAAUUGGUAACACCUUUACAAGAAACAAAAGUUUGUUUACAGGUAAUGGCUAAAACUGAAUUAGUAAAGGUAUAUUUUUCCACUUGCACAGAGAUAGCGGAAUUGGAAAGAGGGUUAUAUUGUAUAGAUAAAAGUCCUUUAGGAAUACUUUUACAAGGAAUUCUGGUUAAUAUUCCUCAAAUAUUAACAACAGAUAUAGCUUCAAAUCCUUUUCAAUUUAAUAUCUCCCUUACAAAUGAGUUUCCAUGGUUAGAAUGGGCAAAACAAAUUCAGAAAGAUGAAGGCCUAUUGCAUAUGUUGAAAAAAAGGUUACAAAAGACAGAAAUUAUUUUCCAGCAUGAGCAAGGGAAAUUAAAGGAGAUAGAACAUGAAUAUUCAGAGAUGUCUGGGUCUUCCUGGUGGAGGAAGAUGACAAAAUCAGUAAACAUGUGGUCAAAAACAUCUGUAGGAACAGCUGUUGGAAAUAUUCUCAUUCACCCAUUAGUUAUUUUGUUAUUGAUUAUAUUAUUUUGUAUAGGAUUACAAAUGUUUGUAAUGUGUAAAACUCGAUACAUGUAUAAUCAUUUAAAAGAAGUUAUUGAACAGAGCGGAAUAAUUUUCAAGCAAAUGGUAUAUAGGAAGGCCGAACCUCCAUGCCUCUUAGCUAAAACAGCUGAUUCAUGUCAAGUUUAAAUGUGAUACGGAAGGUGUAUGGAUGAAUUUUCCUAUUUCAGACCAUGAAAAGGGGGACUGUAAGAUUCUGUUAUAUUUUAAUUAUACAUUUUACUAACAAGAAGUAAUUCCAAUAGUAUCCUUGGCUCUUAGAGGAGACACUGUCAUUGAAAAACCUUGGUCAUCAGUCUGGUGAAUCCCUAUUCUUAGGAUUAGGGUCAUUCCUUUACAUUCUUGUAGAUCUAUUCAUGGUCUGUAUGGUAGAGUGUGUGUGUGUUAAAUGACAGGACAGCUGUCUUAGGUGAGGAGUAAGGAGAAACUAUAUUUGGUUUUUACUGUGAUGCAUGGCCUGGUCACAAAAGAGUUUGUACAGAAAAAACAUGUAUUGAGGUUUUUUCAUACAAUAAUAGUAUAUAUAUUAUACAUAUAAAUAAGGAAAGGGGUGUUUUCUCUUGAUGUAUUUUGAACAUAUAAGGUUUUGUGAUAAUUUAUGUAUAUUCAUUUAAGAAAGAGUGAUUGUUUUAUAUAUCAGACACCAUUUACAUUAUCCUAAUGAAUGGUCAUUUGGACAUAUGCCAAAAGUAAUCCUCUACUGCCCCCAAGAGGGGUAGAAACUUUGGAAGAAAAUAAAAAACCUACCACAACCUAUUUCUGGGAAAGUACUAAUAUGGACUUAACCACAAGUGAUGGAAGGAUCUAGAGGUAUUCAAUGCAUUUGUAUUGGACUGAAAAAGUAUAUAAACUGACCUUCAAGCUAAGAAGAUCAGAGAGAGAAAACCAUCAAUAACAAGGAGCAACUCUUCUAAAGGAUUUUGUCAUCAAGGACUGCUCUCUCUCUCUCCCAUUACCAGCACAUGAAGAUCAACUGAGGUUGUAUACCUGUUUUGCAAUAACUGGAUUUAUCAAAUAAAUAAUCUUUCUUUCAAAAGGCAUAACCCUCUGAAUUUUAUAAAGAAGUACAAAAUAGGA